AUGGCAAUUUUCAUAAAGAAUAAUGUGCCAUCGCUAGUCGAUAUGCCAGCCCUGGAAUUCAUUAAAUUGGGAAUACAUGGAGUGUACACUACCAUGAAAACAGUAACAUCGUAUGAAUAUAUUUUUAACUUUACCUUACACAUGAAAAAUUUGCAUAUGUAUGCUACGAACUUUCUCAAGUUACAAAUAAAUGACAAUAACAAAGAAUGUAUAACGAACAUUUUACAGAGUUUAACAUUAGAGAAUAUAUGUAAAUAUAGUAGCAGAAACAUCAAGACAGGUUUUGAAUUUUUAAAUGCAUUAAAUGAUGACUCAAAAAAAAAACAUUUUAGUGAAAAUUCUAAUUAUAUGGUAAUGGUUACGAUAACAUGGGAUAUAGUCAAUAAUAAAAAGUAUUCUUUAAAUGUGCCAUUUUCAAUUUUGUGUUAUAUAAAAUGUCUACCAAGACAUAACAGUAAUGUGCAAAUUGAUAUCAUGUGUGGGGAAAGAAAACUGCCAAAUAUAAAAUACUCAAAUGUGUUUGAUAUUCGAGAAAAAUUAUUAAAAUUAAAAAAUGAAGAUAGUAACGAUGUUGUUCUAUAUAACGAAAAGGGUGAAAUAACGGAAGGGUUAACUUGUAAUUUUUUUUGUUUUUUUGAAAAUAUUUUGUAUACAGCAAAUGAUGAAUAUGUUCUUAAAGGGACCACACGAGAACAAAUAAUAGACUUGUGCGAAAAAGAGGGGAUUAAAUUAAAAAGGGAAUCUAUCAACAUAAGAGAUGUUGAGCUUUUUGAAUUCUGCUUCAUAUGCUCAACAACUAGAAAUAUUUUACCCGUUAAAAAAAUAAUACUAUAUUCGGAAAAUAAAAAAACAUUUGAAAAGGAUGUCAAUCACCCCGUUUUACUUAAAUUACAACAAAAAUUAAAGGAAGCAAUCGAAAAAAAGAAAGAAAAAUAUGAUGCAUACAUCUGCUAG